AUGAGAGGCACCGCCCUUGUCGCCGGGCUCGCGGCACUGCGUGCCGGCGCGGCCUACGCCGCAGCCACAUCCUACUGCCCCGUCCCUGGCCAAGUAUGCUUCCAAUGGGGGGUGCCCGAGGCCGCUGCCUCCUCUGGCUCCGGCAGCGUCUACAUCCAGAUCCGCGCGACGACGUCCUACGAGUGGGUUGGCCUGGGCAUCGGCGAGCACAUGAGCGGCGCGGACAUGUUUGUCGUGUAUGCUGACGGCGCGGGCAACGUGACGCUCAGCACGAGACGGGGCUUGAACCACGUCAUGCCCGUGUACGAGGCCAAUGCGGGCGUGGAGCUGCUUGCCGGGUCGGGCGAGACGGACGGCCGGAUGGUUGCGAAUGUGAAGUGCGGCAGCUGCUCCCAGUUGAUGUUGGGCUCGUCGAAUGCGUGGCUCAGCGCGUGGAAGCAUGGCGGCUCGUUGGGCUCGCGGGACCUCGACGCCCAGAUCGGCUAUCAUGACGGGCAUGCCUUGUUUUCCGUCGACUUUGCAAAGGCGACUAUUUCGUCGGACCGGAAUCCGUACGUCGGCGGCGGCGACGACGCGGGGAAUUCUACAUCUGGCUCUGGCGCAGGGCCAGCACCUGGCGGUGGUGUUGUCGUCGUGCAAGCCGACCCCAUCCAGACGCUCGUGAAUGCCCACGGCAUCAUCAUGUCUGUCGUCUUCGUGCUUGGGUAUCCCAUCGGCGCGAUGUUGAUGUCGCUCGUGGGCCGAUGGGCCAUCCAUGCAGGCUGGCAGCUCGUUGUAUUCUUGGCCAUGUGGGCGGGCUUUGGGGUCGGAUACACUCUCGCCCGUCGGACGGACCUGUUCUUUAGGCAGUGCCAUUCGCAGCUUGGCAUCAUCUUGGUCUGCCUCGUCAGUCUACAACCCCUCCUGGGUUACCUCCACCACCGACACUAUCUCAGGCACAAGCAGCGCGGCAUCAUCAGCUACCUCCACAUCUGGUACGGCCGCUCGCUCAUCAUCCUGGGAAUGAUUAAUGGCGGUCUUGGACUGCAGCUCGCUGGUCUUACUACUGAUAACCACGCCUUUAUUGUUGCGUAUUGCGUCGUGGUUGCGGUGGUUGCCGCUGCGUAUAUUGCUUGUGUCCUGCUCAAGGUGUGGCGGACGGGACGUAGAGCAGCGCCGGCGGGAAGUCCCAGGGAUAAUAAAAUGCACAGAACUGUGUCUGCGGCCACACAGCCUUAG